UCUUCGGGAAGACCAUGCGGAGAACAGCGGCGCUGAUUUUCGGGCUCCUGGUGCUUAAUUUCUGCCACGGAAUCCGAAAAACAAUCGAACCUACCAAUCCCAUUGAAGACGUCGAUGCGAGGCGAUUAGAGGAGCUCAUCGAACAAGAGGAAUUUCUGGCCGUCCUGUUCUAUACCAAGGAAUGCAAAGACUGUCACAAGAUCCUUCAAGAACUCGAGAAAAUAGACGACGAUGCCGAAAACUUUGGAGUUCAGUUCGUUAAAAACGGAGAAAAAUUUCUGGCCAAGAAAUACGGCGUUUCGGAAUUUCCCGCUCUUGUUUAUUUUCGAAACAAGCACCCGGCCAUCUACGAUGGUGACCUGAUGAAGGAGGACGCCGUGCUGGCCUGGCUGACGAACAUCGAGUCCAUGGAACUUCCGGAUGCCAUCGAAGAGGUGAACGCCAAGGUGCUCGAAAGUCUCAUCGACGAGACCGAAUACGUUGCCGUUCUCUUCUAUAAAAACGACGCCGAGAGCGAGGACGUUCUUCGUGACCUCGAAGAAAUCGACGACGAUGCGGACAAAAGUGGGAUAGCCUUCGUGAAAAUUAGUGACGAAGUGCUGGCUCUGGAAUUCGGACUGGAGACCUUGCCGGCCCUCUUGUACUACAGGAACAAAGUGCCUCUGCUAUACGAUGGAAAUCUUCACGAUGAAAAACUGGUCCUCACGUGGCUCGAAACUCACAAAGAUCUCGAUGCCGAUGUGAUUGAAGAUAUCUCCAGCAGUAUCUUACCGGCACUCAUCGACAACACCACGUUUUUAGCCGUGCUCUUUUACGACAAAAACGAUGAAAACAGCCAAACAACUCUGUUAGAACUGGAAUCAAUCGAUGAUGACACCAGCAAGCACGGCAUCCCUUUCGUCAAAAUUUCUGAUUUGGAAGUGGCUUCAGACUACGGAAUAACGGAGCUCCCGGCUCUCGUCUACUUUGAAAAAAAGAUACCAAAUUUCUUUCAAGGUGAUCUUAAAAAUGAAGAGGAGGUUUUAAAUUGGCUAAUCCACCAAAAAGAAAGCGAUGAAAUUGAAGAUGUCACUAAUAAAGUAUUGGCGCAAAUGAUAAAGACUUCCGAUUUCUUAGCAGUUUUAUUUUACGACAGCGGGAGCAACACCAGCCAGGCCAUCACUGAAGAACUGGAACGCAUCGAUGACGACUGCGACCAGCACGGAAUCCCCCUCGUCAAGAUUGACGACAGCCAGCUGGAAUCGCUCUACGGGAUCAAGAACCCUCCCGCGCUGGCUUUCUACAAGAAGCAAGUCCCGAAAUUUUACACGGGUGAUUUAUCAAACGAGGAGCAGGUUUUGAAUUGGCUUAUAGAACAGAUGAAUGUUGAAGAAAUCGAAGAUGUCACAUCUGCGGUCUUACAGCAAAUGAUUAAAAAUACAGACUUCCUUAGUAUAUUAUUUUAUAGCAAGAAUGACGAGCGUUCCAAGAAAGUGAUCAAGGAGCUCGAAAACAUCGACGACGAGGCGGACGAGCGCAACCUGCCGUUCGUGAAAAUAGCUGACGAGGAAUUGGCCAAGAGCUACGGUAUCGACGAUGAGCUCCCGAUUCUCGUUUAUUUUGAGAAGCAGAUUCCGAGCAUCUUCAGAGGAGAUCUCAUGAAUGAGGAAGCUGUUUUGGAAUGGUUGGUUCACCAGAUGUCCAGCGAUGAAAUAGAAGAAGUGACGGACAAGCUUUUGGACUCCAUGAUCAAAAAACAUAGUCAAGUGGCCGUCCUUUUCUACGAUGCUUCAUCGGAUAGCGCCAUUCUGAAUGAACUUGAGAAAAUUGACGACGAAGCCGAUCAGCAAGGAAUCAUAUUUCUGAAAACAAGUGAUUUGGCCGCUGCUGAAAAGUUUGGAAUCGAAUAUCUUCCGGCUUUAGUGUUCUUUUAUGAGGGAAUGCCCAAUCUAUAUCCUGGAGAUGUCAAAGAUGAAGACGAGGUAUUAGAAUGGCUGAUAACUCAACUAACUAAAGAUGAAAUCGAAGAUGUCACUGAGAAAAUGCUUUUGUAUUUAGUUGAUUCAUCGCCGAAUUUAGCUGCUUUAUUCUAUGAUGAGGACGCUUCCGUGAGUGCUCUGGUGUUGAAGGAGUUGGAGAACAUCGACGACGAACUGAAAGAGCAGGGCAUCCCUUUCGUCAAGAUCAGCGAUUAUAGUCUCGCCAAGCAAUUCGGCCUGAAUGACGAACUCCCUAUCCUCGUCUACUUCGAGAACAAGAUACCGUCUGUGUAUGAGGGUGAUUUGACGAUUGAGGCCGACGUCCUCGAGUGGCUAAUUAAGCAAAAGAAUGAAGACAGUAUUGAAGAAGUUACAGAAGAAAUUUUAUUAAGCCUUGUUAAAGAUAGAGGAUAUGUCCUGUCUUUUUUCGCUCCAAAUGAUUGCACAGAAUGUGAAACCAUUCUGAAGGAACUGGAAAAUAUCGACGAUGAACUGGACAAAGUCGGCAUUCUGUUGGUCACCACGGACGAUAUGAGCGUCGCCGUCUCAAAGGCAAAGAUUUCUCAAUUCCCAGCUUUGGUCCUGUUUCGCAAUGAGGAGCCAGUCCCCUACACAGGAGAUCUGAUGGACGAGGGCGCUAUCUUGGCUUGGGCCACAAGCGAAGAAACGUUAGACAUUCCCGAUGCCAUCGAGGAGGUGAACAGUUUGAUGCUGGAAAAUCUGCUCAACACUUCGCAUUCUGUUGCCGUGCUCUUCUAUUCAAAACUCGACUGUCCUUUAUGUGAAACUGUUCUGCAAAGAGUGGAGGACAUUGACGAUGAUGCUGAGAACAACGACAUAGAUUUCGUGAAAGUGUCUGAUCCCGAAGUGGCAGAGGCUUACAAUGUUACGCAUUUUCCCACGUUAUUUCUCUUCAAAAAGGACGUCUUAAACGAGUACAAAGGUGACUUGACGAAAGCCAACGAAAUCCUGCAGUGGUUGAUUGAAAACAGAGACCGGCCAGAUAGUUUUAUCGAAGAUGUGGACAGAAGAGAGUUGGAAGUUCUCAUUGAGGAGCGGACCAUAGCGGUGUUCUUUUAUGACGAGAACUGCACCACCUGCGACGCCAUUCUGCACGAGCUCGAGAACAUCGAUGACGACUCUGAUCGGUAUGACGUGCAGAUUCUGAAGACAAAUGACACUGAGUUUGCCACGGAACUGGGAGUGUCUACCGUCCCUUCCUUUGUCUACUUCGAAGGCAUGCUUCCGAGCAUCUAUGAUGGCGAUUUGAUGGAUGAAAACGAAUUGCUGUUAUGGCUGAUUGAGCAGAAGACUGAGGACACGAUCGAGAACAUCAAUCGGGACAUGCUCUUCAGAUUGAUCGAAGAGCAGGAAUACUUGGCCAUUUAUUUCUACAGAGAAAAUGACAAGCUGAGCAAGGAGAUCCUGAAACACUUGGAGCAAAUCGACGACGACUGCAGCGACUACGAAGUGCAGCUUCUCAAAAUGUCGGACGGUCUGAUGGCGAAAAAGUACAGAGUGCGGAAUCCCCCUGGUUUAGUUUUUUUCCGUCACGGAAAUCCAAUCGUGUAUCCAGGUGACCUUACAGAUGAAGAGGAAGUAUUGGAUUGGCUGACCAGCCCCGACAACAUGGAGAGCAGCGAUUCUAUCGAAAAAGUCAAUAAGAGAAUGCUGGAGCGAGUGCUUGCCAGAUGCGAUUAUCUUGCAGUUUUCUUUUAUCGCCGGUUCCACUGCCGCAAGUGUGCCAAAGCCCUGGAAGAGCUGGAGUACAUCGACGACGACGCCGAGGCGGAAGGCAUUCACUUUGUGAAAAUCGAAGAUGAGAAAUUGGCGAGAUCGUUUGGCGUCUACAACAUGCCUGCUUUGAUAUUUUUCCGAUUUGGAGAUACGGAAGAUCCUGUUAUUUAUGCUGGCGACUUGAAGAACGGCUCGGACAUCUUGAGUUGGCUCAUCACUCAGAAGGACCCUUCGAGCGAUAUGAUCGAAGAAAUGGAAGGCGACGAAUUGGAGGAACUCAUCGAGACCGCCGAAUUCCUGGCAGUUCUCUUCUACGAUCCCGAUGAAGAGGACUGCCCGGAGUGUAUGGAGACUCUGGCCGACUUAGAGAACAUCGAUGACGAUACAGACAGGCACGGAAUCCUCUUCGUCAAGACCACCGAUGAUAGCAUCGCCGCGGACUACGGCAUCACCAGAUUUCCCGCUCUCAUCUAUUUCGAGAACAACGUGCCCAGCAUCUACGAAGGUGACAUCUCAGCCGAAGAAGAAGUUCUGCAGUGGCUCAUCCAUUCCAAAUCCGAAGACACUAUUGAAACAGUCAAUCGAGACAUGUGUGACAAACUGAUUGAAAACACUCCCUACCUCGUUGUCCUUUUCUAUAAGCCCCAAAACAAAAUGUCGGAGAAAGUACUGGAGGAACUGGAGAACAUCGAUGGCUUCACGGACGAGUACGGCAUCCAGAUGGUCAAGACGCAGGACAGCAGCAUCGCCAGGCGUUAUGGCGUCAAGCAGUUCCCCGCUCUCAUUUUCUUCAGGAACGAAAGACCUCUCGUCUAUAAAGGCGAUCUGCUGAACGAAGAAGCCGUACUGGAUUGGAUUUUAAGCGAGAACACGUUGGAAUUACCAGAUGACAUCGAGGAAGUGAACGGGAAGAUGCUGGAAAAGCUGGUCGAAAAACACCAGUUGAUCGCAGUGUACUUCUACGAGGAGGAGUGCGAGGUAUGCUUGGAUAUCCUGAAGGACCUUGAGGAAAUCGACGAGGAGGCCAAUCUGUUCGGCGUGAAGUUCGUAAAAGUGAAAGAGCCCACUGCUGGGGUGCAGUGGGGCGUACACAGUGUUCCCACCCUCGCCUACUUCCGCAAGGGGGUGCCAGCGUUUUACGAAGGAUCCCUGUCCGAUCCGGAAGGUGUGCUGGACUGGUUGACCAGCCAGGAUAUGAUCGAGCUUAGGAAUGAGAUUGAAGAAGUGAGUCGGAAAAUGCUGGACAAACUGUUACAGGAAAACGACUUCAUCACCAUCUUUUUCUACGACGCAGACUGCCCCGCGUGCGAGGAAGCUCUUCAUUCUCUGGAGACCAUCGACGACGACAUCGACGAGCUGGAUAUUCUGUUCGUCAAAAUAAAGGAUCCACGCUAUGCCAGGAAAUAUGGCGUGAAAAAUCUACCUUCACUCACAUAUUUCAGAAAAAGGUUUCCAGCAAUAUAUCACGGAAAUCUGACAGACACAAACGAAGUUGUGAACUGGUUGAAGAAAAACCGCUACAGAACUCGAGAACUGAACCUCUUCAUGUUUUCGAUUAUUGCGAUGGGUGCGGUGUUCGUGCAGUACACGUGCUUCCUCAAGUUCUUGUUCGAGCCGAUGGUGGAGAAGCAGAGCUAGCCCGAAUCAGCCAGUCGGCCCCCUGUUCGAAAUGUGUGAUAAAGUUCCCGAUUUCACCGCAUUCCUCGUCUCAUCUCUCGCAUCACUUCUCAUCUCGUCUUCCCCGAACGCGUGAAACCACGCUGUAAAUAGUGGCUUUCGAAAAAUUGGCAGCUACGGAAGUAGACUCUCCUUAUCGUGACCUCUUUAAAAUACCGAUAGAUAGUGGGGUAUUCUAUUUGUAUAAAUUGCUCAGACAUGCAGAGGAAUCGUUCCUUUCUCGAUCGUGGGCUUAGUAUCAAAAACUUUAGUCAAAAAUUCACUUUCAUUAGUUUUCUAAGAAGCAGAUUUUCAAAUAAUUAUCGACUUUCCGGUCUUAAAGAGAUUUUAUUAGCGUCUUCCAUAUACUGGAAUAUCCCGUUACCUUAAAUUCACCUCCAGGUGCCGCCCUUGUGUGGAAUCAAUAUUUUAUUAAAUCAAACAGGUCAGGUUAUAAUUAAGUUUCGAAAAUACUAAAACAGUGUAUAGUUGUUGAGAAUAUAAAAGUGCGCAAAAUUUAAAAUGUUCUAAUGUAUACGAAAAUGAAUGAAAAAGUAAUUAUAAAAUUCUAUCGUUAUUAUUAUAAUGCGGAUCAGGUUCAAUAAAAGUGCAUACAUUUUUUUUUUUUUUUUGUUAAAUUGGAAGAUGAAGGGAAAAUUUAUUACUUUAUAUUAAAAUUUAUGAAAUGGGAAAAAACAUCUUGAUUUUUUUUAAAUUAUUGAAAUGUAAAGUUUUAUAAGAAGUGUUUUUUUUUUGAAUGUGUGAUAAUUAACAUAUUUAUGAAGCUUCCGUGUCUAUUUUAUUUUUCGUUAGUAGCCAUUUUCGGUCUUUUUACGUGAACUUAGUCGUUGUCACAAUGCUUUGGAAUUCGAAAGUUUUUUGAGAUAGGAAUGAUUUUGCCAUAAAACUCUUUCUUCGGGGAAUUAGAAUUAAAAUUUCUGUCAUUUUAGAUUUUCCCCUGAAACAACUCUACUUCAUUGCCCAAACCCUUAAAAUAGAUUCAAUAAUUUUAUUUUCCUUUCCUUCGUAAUGGCAUGGCUUAAGGAUAAAAAUAAACUGAAUUAACAUGAUUCUACACAAUUAUUUUCUUGAGCUAUCCAUAGUUUGAUUGUGAGAGUGUGUUUAUAUUCCUGAAAACAUUCAUCUACUGUAUACCAGCGGGGGAAUUUCGUUCGAUUGACUCUUGGCCAAAAUAAUGCUUGCAGAUUCGAAAUGCACGCACGCAAAAGCAGUAUAAGCGGAUCAAGCCAUAGUUAUUUAGAAAAGGUAAAAAAAUUAAUGUAAUAGAAUCGUUUAUUUUACAAAUUCUGAAUUGCAGAGUCCAGAUUUUUUUAAUGAUAUUUGAGAGAAACUUCUGGAGCAGAAUUUUGUGACGAAAAAAAAUCGAAUGUAAAACACGGUUUCGUACAUAAACUGAAAACGUAAUAUUAAAAUUCCAAAAUGGGUAUAAAAAAUCUAUUCAUCUUCUGUAGUUUAAUGGUUUUCGUAAUAAUGCAAAGUCACAACACUGCUUUACUAUUUAUAAGACAUUAAUGAGUUCAGAUAGGGAUUAAAAAUGAACAAAUCGAACAUUUUAAUAACUUUGAAGUUUAUUUUGAUAAAUUGCAAAUAUGUUGUAAAAAUCAUAUUAACAUAAUAGCCCAUCAUUUCGCAUAAUUGGAGCCCUCUCUUUUAAUUGCACAUUUGGCCAAUUCGAAAUCUUGGGGUAGAAUUUAGAAUGAUUUGACGUGCAUUCUUAUCAACUCUUUGAAAUUUUCCUCGAAGGGUAGAUUUACAUAAUUGGUGAGAGAUAUUUCUCAAAAGAAAAUAUUGAUGCCAUUAAUGGCUCGCUUAGCUUCCGUUUUCCUAGAUGAACCGAACCUGAAGAUAAUGUGCGUUUGCAUUUCAGUAGGGUUCUGUCCUCCUUUCGAAUGUCUGUUCCCGACGCUUAGUCCAAGAAGAUGAGUGCGUCUUUGAAACUCAAAAUGCCAUCUGUUUAAAAUUUAGGAAUAUUAUACUGUGUUGUCUUCUCAAAAUCGAUCUAUCCUUCUCAAAAAGGGUCUCCAAAAUCCUUUCCACAUGGCAGAUACGAGUGGGCAUUUUCUGGGAAAUGAUGAGUAACGAUAUCAAACUUUCGUCGAUCUCACAAAUUCUUGAACUUUAAACCUACACGGUGUUUAUUCUGCCUUUUCAUCGCUAAGAUUUUUCGUCGCGCAGUUUCGGAUAUAGUAAGGCAGGAAUGAACGAACUGGUGUCGAUAUACCUGGUGACUUGGCGCCUUCAUGAUACAACUACAUUUUGCCUUGGCGUACUUUUAUGUCGGUAUACCUAAAAAUACCGCCAAUGACGUCAGCGUUACCACUUGUUACAAGUUUUUAGCCCAGAAAUCAGCUAAAAGAUAUCAUUAAAGAGGUUUUCUAAAGAGUGAACCUUUCAGGCGCGCGAAAUAGAGAACGUUAUUUUAGUAGUAUUUUCUGUAACAACUAAAGAUUCGAUCUUACAAUUGCAGGAAAUGAGUGUAAACUCAAUUUCAUGUGUGUUGUGAGUGAUGGGUGUCUAAAAUAAACCAUUCGAUGGAGCUUUAGAACAUAUUUCAGUUAUUAGAUUAAAGCGGAUUGCGUAGUUAGGAGAAAAAUAUUGCCCGAAUAUUUGUAACUGGGUGUCUGUAGAUAGAAUUAGGUCAAACCAAUCUUUCAAGGAUUUAAUUGUGUUGUAAAGUUUUAAAAAAAACUACUUUUUAUUCUUCAGAUUCAAAUUUAAUGUCAAAAUAUGCCAACAUUUAUUAAGCUUUUGGAAAUUUUAGAAACGGUGUAUUUGUUUUAAAAAGCUCUAUUGUAAGUGUUUUAAUAUAUUUUGAAAAAUAUAUAUAUAUUUUUCAAAGAUGAAAAUAAUUGUAUUUUUUUUUGUCUAUUGUCAGAAUAAAAAAUAUAACAUCCAUAUUUUAAAAUUAUUUUGGUAAUAUACGUUGGGUUUUAAUUAAAAUUCGUUUCAUUUAUCAAAUUUUGAACUUGUUAAAGCUGUAAAAAAUGAAUGCUAACUUCACUUUAUAGAAAUAAAACGCCUAAUAUAGAUUAAUACAAGUGUACUCCUUACUUUUGCACUAUUUAAAGCGUUUGAAAAAUAUUCGGAUGAAACUCCUUUUUUGUAUUCUUGAUCAUUAAAAUAGGCUGAUUUGAAAAGCAAUACUGUAUUGUUAAAAUCCUGAUUUUACUUAGGAAAUAUUCAUUAAUUCUUGGGUUUCAUUUUAUGUACGAACCGUUUAAAAUUUUCUGCCAUUUAAGGGAUGCACAUAAAAAAUGAUAUAUAUAUUGAAUAGUGUGACAUUUAAAAAAAAAAAAAAGAAAACUCGCUGUUUGUUUCAAUGAUCUAUGUUUAAUUAACUUUUCUCGGUCUUCUAAGUGUCUAAGUUUAUACCUUUUACUUUGUGUCUUUGUUAUGCACAUUUAAUUCGAAGCACAGUUUCCGAAUGAAUAAAUAUUGAGAUCCGCUAAAGGAUCUCAAUAUUAAUUCAUUCCUGUGCCAAAGGUUCUAAAUAUUUCUAUAGACAGCGUCCACCAUUCCACAAUGAGGCUCAUCAUAAUGGGAGUCUACUGCAUUACGAUGACGAAAAUUUCAAUCAGUUGAUGCCAUUCUACGCCGUAGCUUUCAAAAGGGAGAUGGCUGUAAAAAAGCACUAUUAUUCAAAAUACAAUUUAAUUUUACACGGAACAUUCAGAUCCUGUUAUCACUCUUUGAAUAGAAACAAUGAUCGUCACAAUAUUAUUUUAUGCUUGAUGGAGAAUGGAUAUUUUUAAUUCGGUUGCAAAUGUAUUCUCAUUAUAUCUCAUCUUCUUUUGUGACAUUAAAAUUUGUUAUUUCUGUAAAA